AUGGAAAGCCUUUUAGAACGUCAGCGUGCUCUUCAUGAAGAUAUUGAGCGUCUUGAGCAAGCAAUUGCAGACCGUCUAGCACAGGAUAAUAAGAAGAUUAAAGAUCGUUUAUCUCAAGAACAUGAUGUUGCAAAAUUUCUUGAUAGGAUUGCAGAGCAAAGUAAAAAACUUUUAGAUAUAUACACGAACGAAGACAAGACGCAAUUAUUAAAUGAAACCUUAACAACUUCUGGAAGUGAAUUUGAAGAGUUUUAUCGACAGUUAAGGGAGAUUAAAGAUUUUCAUAGAAGAUACCCUAAUGAAAAAGUCGAAAAUUUUGAAGAGUUAUAUAAAAAAAGUCCAGAAGAAGAUGAAAUCUCUAAGAUAUUUUCGGGAGAGGAGAAUUAUGGGCGUUUUUUCGACUUAAAUGUAUUGCACGAGCAAUGGUUGAAUUUGAAGGGAGUUAAAUAUAUUUCUUAUACCAAAUAUCUAGACUUUUAUGAUAAGUUUUCAAGUAUUCAUCCACGAAUUAAAAAUGAAAAUUAUUUUAAGUAUUUGGUGAAUUUGGAAUCGUAUUUGGAAUCAUUUUAUAAACGCAUCAAUCCUUUAGAAGAUCAUAAUAAAAUUAUAUCUGGUAUUGAAGCUGAUUUUGAAAAAGAAUGGAAUUCAGGAAAGCUAUUAGAACUGAUUGUUCCUAUGGUAAAUACUGGUCUUAUUAGUGAAGAUAUUUUUUGUGAUGCGUGUAAUAAAAAUUAUUCAAAAAAAACAGUUUAUGAUGCACAUUUAACAAGCAAAAAACAUAAAAAAGCAGAACAAGCUAAAAAAAAUAAAGAUAAAAAUGACGAAAAAAUAAACAAUGAUACAAAUGAACAUCACCCUCUUCCAAAAAUAGACCUUUUAAAAAAACGGAUACUUGUCAAAAAAGAAUAUUUUAUUCAAAGGCUUUCUUCACUUUUAAAUUCUGAGCGAGAAGCUACAAAGAGAAAUGUUGUCCGAAAACAAACAUUGACAGAUAGAGAGCGCCAAGCGGAGCUUGAAGCUGCAGAAAAUGAAGAAACAAUUAUUGAAGAAAUAAAGGAAGAUGACAGGAUAUGGAAUCCAUUAAAGUUACCUCUUGGAUGGGAUGGAAAGCCAAUUCCAUAUUGGUUAUGGAAAUUACAUGGUUUAGGUGUCGAGUAUCCUUGCGAAAUCUGUGGUAAUUUCAUAUAUAUGGGAAGAAAGGCAUUUGAUAAACAUUUUAUGGAAUGGAGACACGUUCAUGGACUUCGGUGUUUAGGUAUUCAGAAUUCUAUUCUUUUUAAAGAAAUUACUGGUAUAGAGGAUGCAUUGGCAUUAUGGGAAAAACUUAAAUCUGAUAAAAAAAAUAGCGAUAGACUUCUUGAAUCAACUAUUGAAAUGGAAGAUGAUCAAGGCAAUGUAAUGUCUGAAAAGGUUUAUAAUGAUUUAAAAAAUCAGGGUUUAUUAUAAUCCUAUAUAAAAAAAUAAUUUCAAUCAUUUUUAUUUGUAAAUAUUAGG